AUGAUCUCCAUCUUUGCUCUAGCAAUGAGACUGCCGGAGGCUCUUGCAUACCUUUCUGCGCUGCGGCCUGCAACAGUAAGCAUCUGCGCAUCAACUUUCUCAGUUGGUCAUGCUGACACACACGAAGCCAAUGGACUUGUGGCAAUCGGAGAUGAAGAAGGCAGGAUCAGGUUGUUAGACUCGGAUCCAUCGGGCGAAGACAGCUUCAGCAACAUCCAUGUUUCAUUCGCCGCUCACGGCAAUGCCGUCAUCGACCUCGCCUUCUCAGAGGACGACUCCCUUCUUGCGACAGCAUCUGGAGACCAGACUGGAAAGGUCAUCGACGUGGAGACGCAGAUCCCAGUCUCUAUUCUCGACCACCACACAGCAUCACUAAAACAGGUUCGGUUCCAGCCAGGAAAAGGACAGGGACAUGUAAUAGCCACUUCUGGCCGUGACGGUACCGUAAAGAUUUGGGACCUGAGAUGCAAGGGAGGACCAGCACAGGAGGUGAUGGUGGAGCGGCCGACAAACCUGCGCUAUAGCCUACCACGAAAAGUAAGCCAAGGCUGUGUUGUCAACAACAUAUAUGAUGCCCACGCGAGGACUUCGCGCCAGUCCCGCCAAAUGCAAGGGGCAGCACCACCUGAUGUUGCCGCUCGAUGGGAAGUGCCCGGCCGAGUCGGUGAGGUUUCGGUCACAGCAAUCCAAUUCUUGCCUGCUGGAAAGGAGCAUCUCAUUCUUUCCGCCUGUGAGGCUGAUGCUUCGAUAAAGCUAUGGGAUAUUCGCAACUUCCACACAUCCCGGCAUAAGACUAGCACGCCUAUCUCGAUUACAGCACCACCCAAAAGCCACUCCCUGUGGCGACCAUUUGGCAUUUCUUCCAUGAGCCUCAGCACAGACUCUGCCCGGCUAUACGCACUGUGCAAGGACAACACGGUCUACGCUUACUCAACCGCCCAUCUUGUUCUCGGAUAUGCCCCAGAGCUUUCCUCCAGGGGGGAUCCGCCAAGGCGGCGAAAUGGAACGGCACAGGAAGGCCUUGGGCCGCUUUAUGGUUUUCGCCACGAGAACUUCCACGCUACGUCGUUCUACGUCAAAACGGCUGUCCGGCCGGCAAAGGAUGGCCGCCCUGAACUCCUGGCUGUCGGCAGCAGCGAUGGCUGUGCUAUCCUCUUCCCGACGGAUGAGCGUUAUAUGGAUGAGCAGAUGCUGCCUGUCAAUAGCACGCAUGCAUCUGACCGAGGCUUUGCAGCCACGUCAAAUCAUUCUUCAUUUCCACCACAGACACGGCAAUUCGCGAACAGCCAGCAACAGCAGCCGCGAGCUGGUAAUGGAACGCGGCGGCCAGGUGGCCUCUUCCGGACGAGUAGUACGUUAAGCCUGCAUGGCCGUCUGGUAGAUACCAUCCCCAUUGUGAAUCAUGGCACGGCACUGGUACGCGGACACGAAAAGAAAGAGGUUGGAGCGGUUUGCUGGACGAGCCAAGGAAACAUGGUUUCCGUGGGUGACGACUACGUGGUCCGAUGCUGGCGCGAAGAUCGUGAUAGAGCGAUUGACCUCCGCACUGGAGGAGAGAGUGAGGGACGACGAUGGGCGAGCGGCUGGGCCGAAGUUGGCGACAGCUGGGACGAGGACGAAUGGUCAGAAGACUGA